CGCAUUGUGAUGACAAUGACGUCUGCUGUACGUAAAGGCUGCAUUCCUCGUUGAGAGUGUAUGAAUGGAGCUACCUACGUUUGGUUGGGACAGAGCGGCCUCAUACAAGAAGGCAGUCACCAAGGGUGCCGGUUUUAGAAAUUCACCACAGAGAAGCCCAGAUACCGAUGAGGUUACCGGAAGCAGAGAAGGUUUUGAACGAAUCAGCGAGUUUGCCGACAGCGGCUCGACUUCAGAUGGUUUCUCUCAAUGUAACAGCGAACACACUGCAGGUAGCGGUGGUGGGAAUCAGUUGAAGCGUGUUGACGGUGUGGAAAUUUCCACAAGACGCCAUGUUGGUAGAACGUCACUAUUACUUGGGGGAAGGAUAUACCUCUUGUUCCAUAUCGUCCCGGUGAUUUCUGUCUCUGUUUUGUUCUGGAUAGAGUUGGACAUUCCGCAAAGUCAAUACAGAAACGGAACAAACGUUUCUUCCAAGAACUAUGACUACACAAUAGACGAUAAUCCUGAAUUGGUCAUGGACAGUGAGGGAAAGUGUAUUCUGCCGUGCAGCAAUUUUUCGUGGCUUUCAUCACUUGAAAGACAAUUUAAUCUUAUUGUCAUAUAUUUCGAGUCAGUCACAUUUACUGUACUUGCUGUUGCUGCAACAAUAGUGUGGAUCAAGCUUCGUCAUGCCUUAUGGACAUUUCCUCAUAUUUUAUCAUUGUAUAUUGUUCUGUCUGGCUCAGUGUUUAGCAUCUUUGCAAUUUGCUUUCUUACUGUUGACCUGGAAUCAAGCUAUUGCAAUGAAAUGGACUUAGUUCUGUCUGUAGGCAAUCCGUCUGCACUUUUCAUUUUUGCUGGAACUGUAAAUAUGUACCUUCACUUGGCACAGAUUUUUUGGUGGACGUGUUUCGUCUUCAACAUUUGCUGGGUGAUCAGUAAUCCUUUGAGAGCUCGAAUUUUUUUUCUUUCAGCAGGCAAGAUCCAUGCGAUACAGUUGCUGAUAUGUUGGGUGGUACCAGCCUGUCUUGUGGUAUUACCAUUAACUUUGGAUAGAAAUUACAGCGUUAUUGAGUAUGGGUUUGGUACCAUUUUAUGUGGAGCAAGUUCAAAGUGGCUUGGUUACAUAAUUAUCGUGUUACCUAUUCAGAUAAGCACUUUGAUAAUUAUUGUUGUUAUGAUGAAAGCUGGAAAUUCUUUGUAUAAAGCACAAACGUUUCGAGAAGAGAUGGUUUCCAAUUAUCAGUGUAGUUGUGGCAAUAGAGGAAGUUCAGCAGUGACAUUGGAUCUCCGUGUGCAAGAAAUCCAACAGCUUCGACUGAAAUUUUCUUUGGUGGCUCACAUCUAUCCUCUUUGUGUGUCUGCUGUGUUGGUCAAUAUUGGUCUCAAAGCAAUGUAUUCAAACAUAAUCAUCUAUUAUGUUAAAGAGUAUUACACAUGUCUUUUGUGGUCCUCAUUUCGUGCUGAACAAUGUCCCAAACAGUAUCUCGACUACCAAUAUCCUGCGUUUUCAGUUAUUGCAUUAGUACUGAGGCAAGCAAGUGUCAUUUUGGUUCUGAUUUUCCUGUUCUCCCAACGUGUAGUUCGCACUGGAUUAUGGGACAUUUCAAUAGGACUGCUCAAACGUGUUUGUUGCAAAGGGACUUCAUCAGACACGCAACAGAAUGCCAAUGACAAGAUCUGAUAUUUCAAAUGCUGACUCUUAUUGUUUGCAAGCAGCAGCAGGAGGAGGAGACAAAGAGAAUUGAUGGUUGAUCGACUAAUACACGGUGCUAGUAUUUAAUAGAUUAAGAGUAUUAAAAUCCGUAAUGCAAAAUGAGACAUAAUUUAUUUUGCUGCUGCUGGUAAUUGAGUAGCGUUUUAAUUUAUUUUGCUGCUGCUGGUAAUUGAGUAGCGUUUUAGCCUCAAUAGCCACGCCCUUUUCGCGAAAUGCCCGUGGCUAGCGAGACUAUUUGGGCUUUCCUCCAUACACCUCAUAAUGUAAAUAAAAUAUAAUUACAUGUCAAUUUUUAAUUAAUUUUUAUUCCUAUCUUUAUUUAUUC